GGGUUUUUAUUCAGUGUACACCUUGUCAUGGAAACCCUGUUCAGUGGAGCCUAACUUCCUUUAGAGAAAAGCGCACACGAAGUGAAAAUACAUUCUUCCGUAUCAGCUACUUGGAUUGGGAUCAAGGACACUUGUGACAUGUCCUUUCUGAUGCUCCCAGAAGCUGGAGGUGUGGUGAUCUUGGGAGGAGUUUAGGAAUUGGAAUGGGCAAUCUUUCAUUUCAGUCAUGGCAUUUAUCCAUUACACAGAAUCAUCUGUCCUUACUAUUGAGAAGUAUAAAGGAAAGAAGCCUUUGGCAAUAAGCAAAGUUUAACGACAUAAAGUGAAGCCUUGUGGCCGUUGCAAUGUUGUUGGCUAUCUAUACUUUUUUUGUGACUAGCUGCACCAUCUCUUUAUACUUUGUAAAUUGUUUAAUUUUGGAAUCAGUGAAGAUGGAAGUUUAUAUCCCGAAUGGUUUAUAGUGGUUUGCUGAAGAAUUUCAGGUGCAUUGUGCAAAGCCGGAAUUUGAAGCUUUACAUAAGACUGUCUUCUUUGUUAUUGUACAAGCUGUUUUGGUAAAAUAGACAUGAAACAUUCCUCUAACAGCAGUUACUUGCACUAUAGCUGUAGAGAAAUGUGUGUUUUUGUGGCUGUUUUGAAGGUAGUGGGUUCACACUAAACCGGAGUAUCAGUUCUAAUGUUCCAUAUUUUGUUUUCUGUACUUGGAAGUAUGUCUGAAUUGUAAAUCCCAAUAUGUUCACUGCAGCUUACACCCUAGUAAAUGAGCAUAGAAUUGCACUUCUCAGCUCAUGUAUUAGAGAGCAAGCUCCAUCAAGCUCAAUAAGACAUUUGACUAAACAUAGCAUUAACAGGUUUAACCUAUUCCCCUUUCCCCACCGAAACCUGGGAACUGUAGUCUGUGUGGGCAUGUUGAUGCGUGGGGAGGUAAUGUUCUUUGUCUGUGGCCUCCCAAACCCACGGUUUCCAGUGUUCUUUGAUGGUAGCCAUCACUGUUAAACUGAUAAUAAACAGAAGUAUCUGUUCAGGAAAGACAUGCCUUGCAUUAACACCGCUAACUUGUCAUGGAAAACAGAUGGUUGACUUUAAAUACCAGUGUGACUCUUUCUGAACAAGUACAGUGAUUAAGGGAAUUCCAGCAUGCGAACCAUGUAUGUCAAGUGCAAGAGGAGCGUGACCCUGUCAUUUAUGUAGAGUUUGGAGUUGCCCAUUAUUUGCAAGUGGCUCUCUUUCCCUGUGAAAAUGCAGGUUAAUGGUAAAUGCAGCCUGAUUUGUAGAGGCUGAGCCUACUUCUGAACAAUAAAUGGGAAACAAGAUUUUUCUAUGUUAUUAUUGAUCAAUUGUACUUUAAAAUCACCUAAUAACUGAAGUGUUUUGUGUGGUGUACAAUGCUUGUAACAUGCUGCUAUUCUUUUAUUGUAUGUAGCAUGCAGGUGCAGGAUGAUUUGUUUGUUUAGACUCAUGUGAGUGAUGGCUACUGAUUUCCUGCUGUUUAUCUGCAAUUCAUAUGAAUGAAUGUGACUGAUGCCCAAAUGGUUGGCUGCAUUUGGUCCAUGCCAGUAAGACAUGGAGUCAGAUGGAGGCCGCACAAACCUAAUGGGGGUGAGCAAUGUCAGAAAAUGCGUCAUGUUUGGCAUUUGCGCUCUGGAACCAUCUAGUGCAGAUGAGGCCUGUAGGUACCACCGGCAGGUGCCAGUCAGACAAGAAUUCACUAUUGCCUGGUGCCUGUGAUGAAGACUUUUGCAGCAGUUGUUUAACAUCAAGGAUGUGUGAUCUUGUGAGAGGUACUUGGAGAAAAUACCCAGUCUUUCCUGCUGUCCCUGUCCCUUCCUUUAGCUAGCAACACAGCUUCCAUCCUUUGUGCACUCAGCAAAUGGCCGGCCGAUAAGUCAGCAGGCGGGGGCACCAUGUCCACUGACCGCACUGUAUACACCUGACUUUUGGUAGCAAUGUUACGAUUUCUUGACUGCCUGUACCUGAGUGCCUUUAGAACCCUGCAGGCAUUCUCCUGACUGGAGUCCACCAACCCAACUUUUCUGCCAACAGCAUCUUGUGCACAAGAAUUGAUCUUUGUAAACCAGGAAGUCUUAAAUUGGAUAGUAUCCACUGUGACACUGCCACAAAUGUAAGUUAGGUUGCACUAGUAUGAACAUGUUCUUCUGAAACUCCAGCAGCACGUGCUGGCAUGACAGUUUCCCUGCAAAGCCUGUCAUGCCAGAAGGCACCACUGGCUGUGCACUAGAGGUUGUUUACGCUGAUGCAACCUCAUUUGCAUAAUGGAUAGUGUCAGCAAAGAUGCCGCCCAUGGAAUGGAGAACGAUCUCCAGAAUCUCCGUUCCUGAACUUCAGCUUCUUGAGAUGACUGAAGAUGUUAAUGCUUUGUACUGCCAAAGGGAGAUCUGAAAAAAAGCUAUGAAAACCUGAGACCCAAAAUGACGUGCGUGUGAAGAUUUUCCCCAUGUAGAACCUCUCCCGCUGCCUCAUGUGGCUGACCUCUGCGAAGCUCUGGCAUGCCUCAGUCAUGUGAAACAGCUUCUUUCUUAUAACUUCUUUACUUCCAGCUCAGUUGGUCAUAUUUGUUGAAGUAAAGAACAGAUUUUGUACAGACCAAGAUUUCCUUAAAAUCUGAAGUUUUGCUUUACAAAAUUUAUAUGUGGUUGCUCUUUUACAAUGCUGUUUAUAUUUUUAAUAAGCUACAUUGUACUGCCUUCAUAAGGAGCCAACAGCAAUCAGCCAGGGGCUUCCAUUCCAACAGGAACUCUAAAUUAUGUUGCUGAGUUUUACUGGAACAAACGUAUUUGUCCAAUACGUCGAGGAAGCGUUUUAUUUUAACCAUGACUGCAUCACGGCUUUUUAUAGCUUUCUCAGUAAAUGUAUUCCACCUCCUUUAACUACACAUAGUAAUUAACAGUGCCUAGUGCUUAAUUUUUACAACUGUACCUCAGAGUGUGAUCAUUUGUUUUCCCUGCCACAGUUUAUUUGUAGAGUGUAAAGUGGCAAGGACAGCUUGUGGAGGGGUUUAUGCAACAGUAUUCACCUGUUUAUUUACUAAAAUAACAUAGACUAUACAGUGCCACUUUUCCAGAACUAUCUUCUUCUGUCCUUUUACCCCCCACCCCAUAUGACUAAGUGGUUUUUCUUUCCUAUAUUGUCUUCUGCAUACCCUUUUCUUUGCUUGGAAAGUUCAGAAAAUUCAAAGAGUAGGACUGAAAAUUUUGACAGUGAAACAGGAUUUGAAGGAGCUACGGGAUGGGCCUGUUGUAACAGCUGAGCUGAUCCUUCUGCAUUUCAAGAGCUAUUUAUGGUAGAUUAGCUGGUAUCAAAGCUCCACUGUUCAGCCCAUAAAAGGUUGGUCCUGUGUGAAGUUACCACACUGCAUUUGGCUUAGUCCUCUAAGGUUGGGAAGCCUAUGGUUGUCUGUGAAAGAAUUCCAAUGAUGGAUGGACAUGCUGAACUGAGGAAUUGUUCUAUUGAAGAUUUCAGGUGUCAGAGGACAAUAAAAAUGAGUUUUUUGCCAGUAAUGUUUUGGUCCAGUCUUUCAGUCCUUGGAAUAUAGCUUUUGUACACACACUCUGCUUGGUGUGCACACUCGCUGUUGGAAAGCACCGUUCUAAAUUCAUCCGGCUCUGAAUCAUCUUGGCCACAGUUGUACUUGUGAAGCCUGCGUGCUAGUAACUUAUGUGAUGUGUCACUCCUGUUUUCUUAGCAUGUGAAUGUUUGUUUUGGAGAUAAAUUUUAGCUGAAGCAAGGAGCCUCUUCUGAAGUUCAACUUCAACUGUUGGAUAGAAGCAUUAGGACAGAUUUUUUUUUUAUUGUGCAAAAACUGUUCCUUUAUUUUUCCUGCAUUGAAAUAUCAGGCAAGGAUUAAAGCACGCAUGCAGAAGGUUUUGAAGUAAGUAACAGCUCUAUUACUAGAAUGGUUGGCUGCAAAACUUUUCAAAGACAGUUGUUUGAGAAUGUUUGAAACUUUGUCAGGUUGGAAUGUGACCGAGUCUCCCCCCCUCUCCCCAAGCCUGUGCAUGUUAGGCAUUCGAGCCAUUUUGCAUCUUUUUUCUGCCUAUGGAGUGAGUUAAUUUUGCUGUGGAUGAAAAGUUUGCCACUUAAUGCCUUCUUGUGUGACCUGUGUGACAAUUAAACGCAAAUAUUUGGGCCUGUACUACACUUGUGAUGUACCAUGGCACAAAUGCUAUAGAAAAUGUUUUCUGCAUGAGGGAAGAGUUAUAUGAUCUUUACUGAAUGAUGUAAAAGUGAUUUUUGAACUGCAAGUAAAAUCUUCUCCGGCUGUUGUCCGCUAGGCUAAUGUUAGGCCAGCUCUCAUAUUCUGGCUGUACUUCACUUUUUGGGGUAGGGGCAAAGGAGGUGAGCCCUGAAUUGAUAACCAGGUGUAUUGGAACUAGGAGAUGGGGGAGUUAAUAACUUUGGAAAAUAAAAUUCAGGUGGGAAAAAUAUACCAUAGCCUAGCUACAGCUCUCAACGAGCUAGACUUAGCACCUUUUUAGGUGGGCAGGGAGGAAGAGAGGGGAAAGGAUCAUUAAUAUAUAUCCACUUAAAUGUUCUAUGUUAGUCACAUUUGCUUUUUGUAGUAACUGAGAGCCAGCUGUAACCAGCAAGCCCUGAGUUCGAAUUUCAUCCCAACUACAAGCUCCCUGGAUUACCUUAAGCACACUAUUAUCACAGCCUUAGCAACAUUCAGCCACCUUGCAAUAUGAUGGCAAUACUGGCCUCCUUUACAGGGCUGUUGUACAGAUGUGUGAAGCACUUCUGACAUUUUAGAUAUACCAAAUGAAUAUAAACCAAAUAAAUACUAAAUAUUAUUCAAUGAAUGCAAGCUGCUGUUAUCACAAACUGAUACCAGUUGUAGUCUGGAUUAGAAAUGGAAAUACUCAGGUCUUUAAAAAAAGACUGGUCGAGAUGAUAAUCUCUUUGUAAGGAAGAAAAUAGCAUUCCAGAGAAGAAACAAUAUUGUGAACACAAGAAAACUUGAAGCAAAGAAGAUACAGGAAUUGGGCUGUUUCUCAUAGUGAAACUAUCUUUAAGCUCUAUUCUUGAUAUGCAUUGAUCGAGCCUUAAUAUUCACAAAUAAAAUCAGGUUUGCUCAUAUUAAACAAUCCACACAUGCUUAUCCAGGAGGGAAUGUUAUAGGUGAAGGCAAGAAUGUCCUUGUCAAUGAGCCGCCUUUAGCAUGUGUGCCUAGCAGCAUGGAAAACAAGGUAACCUUGCUGGAGCAUGAAUAAGGUAUCCUGGGUGGAGAGAACCCACAGUAAGCCAUCCUUUUCUUAGGACUGAUGAACAUGUGAUGAAAAAAUGACAAGUGCUUGAUUUCUCCAGAAGCCUUUGUCAGCCUAGGUUGUAUAAGACAAAGGUGAUACAGGAAGAAAAAACCCCAAGAAAUAAAGAACGGAAAUGUCCAAAGUUGGUCAGAUCUUGUGGGCACUAUGUCUGCAGUGUAGACUCACAUUCCAAAGAGAUAGUGCAGGCGGAGUAGUGAAUCACUGGUGGGUAUUGCAGGUACCAGAUAAAAUCUCACGGCCGAGCAAGAAAGCAAUGAUUGACCCCAAUUUCUAGAAAAACAAAGGCUGUCAGUAGCCGGGACCUGUCUCUUGCCCUGACCGAUCCACAUGCCCCAGCAGAAUGGGAAGCACAUCAGUGGUGCUGAUCCCAAACUGGAGCUAACAAGUCCAGUCACGUGAGUUUUUCCAGGAGGGUUACCAGCCGCCCUAUGGAGAGCUUAUCUCUUCCUGCGCUAUUGGAGCUGCCUGCUUGGCAGGGGUGGUUCACACCUUUACUUUUGCCCUCAGUGGAUGCCAGGCUGCCUCUGGUGUAUUGCAAAGGACAUCACAACUUUGACUAAAACUGGCAGUUCCUGUUGUCGUGGCUGCACCAUUUGCAUUCCCUAGUCCAAGAAUGUCCACAUGUCUUGGUUUAAAAGAGACUACGGAUUCAUGUCCUCUUACUUGCAUUGUGAUUCUAUGGUUAACUAGUUUCACUACUGCUACCAAUUAAUUAAUCAAUCAAUUUCAUUCCAUUUUUAAGCCGCUACAUAACCCAAGUGUUCUACAGGUGGCUCACAAAUGCUGAAAGCAGCAUAUAAAUACUAUAAAUGUGUGCUUUUUAACCUCCUUCCUUCCUUCCUUUCUUCCUGUCUCUUCCUGUCCUGUUUUACAAGCUAAAGUACUGUUUCUGUUCAAAUUUAUUUUAUUUAAAGGAAACCUCAUAAUUGUCUCCUAAAUGUCCUGGAUCAGAGCCAUUCUUAAAACCUUCAGGAAUGAUAUCUCUGGCCUAUGAGAUACAUUCCAACUGCAUACAUGAUACACAACUUGUAACUUGUGCAGUUCAUUUCCCCAAACUUGUGCCUCCAGAUGGUUUGGACCACAACUCCUGAACAAUGUCCGUGCCAGCUGGGGCUGAUGGGAGUCCAGAACAUUUGGAGCCUAUCAGGUUGGAGAAGGCUGCUGGACGGCCCUGUUGUCUUCGGUUUUCCCAGAGUCCACCCUCUUGUCAGACUGAAGGGCAUAGUUUCUUCCUCUUGUCAGGCAUAGUAGAUUUUGACAAAGAAAAUUCAGUCAGGUAUAAAACUCCAAGAAUACUUCAGAGGAGGAGGACACUAAGUUUUCAGAAGGAGUUUUCCUUUGAGGAUAAAGAAGAGCUUGGAAACAGUACCAAGGAUAUUGACGCCAGCCUGUUAGCAGUGCUGCCAAAAGUUUCUGAAUUAAGAAAACUCUUUGAACCAAACCAACAGGAUACCUUAGAAAUGAAGAGGAAAGAGAGGAUAGCUAGGCGUUUAGAGGGAAUUGAAAAUGAUGCUCAGCCCGUCCUUUUACAGAACUGUCCUGGGCUGGUUACCCAUCGCUUGCUAGAAGAAGACACACCAAGAUAUAUGCGUGCCACAGACCCAUAUAGUCCUCACUUUGGAAGAUCAAAUGAAGAAGCAGCUUCGGAUUCUUCAGUAGAAAAUCACAGUAGAUCCAGAUACCCUGCAGAAUCCACUGAAGGAAAGCCAAAGGCCUCUUCUUACAGUCCAUUAGUCAUGGAUUCACAGGGGCUUGAAUCCAAAGCAGAAAGGAUAGCUAGGUACAAGGCAGAAAGACGACGUCAGUUAGCUGAAAAAUACGGCCUCUCGAUAGAUUCAGAUGUGGAUUCAGAAUAUUCAUCCAAAUACACCAGGACAAGGAAAGAACAGGAUGUGGCUGAGAAGCGAGUACAGAAGAGCGAGAAGAAAGAGGACGAAAGCAAAGAUUAUGGUUCUCUGUAUCUGGCAAGAACUGAAAAUAAGGAGCUGAGGGUUGCUGCUUCAGAGUCAAAGGAAUAUUCUGGGCAGGAGAAAGAGAGUUCUCCAGAAAGGGAAAAACUGCAUUUGAAUGAGGACUAUGAAAGAAAAGCCCCAGAGCCCAGUUCUAAUAGAAAUGAUCUACCCUCUGCAUCAGAGAAUUCGGCAUCCUUUUCCUUUUUGGGCCAUGACUCCUCCGUAAGUGAAGUGCCAAGCUCUCCAAAGCAAACUCGCAGGGUUUCCCUUUCCUCUCCAAAACAUCAAGCUUCACCAAGUCAUUCCCUCAAUGACUCCAGAUUAGGUGCAGGGAAAACAAAACUCGAUUGGUUUCUUCAGAAAGAUUCGGAUGGGGACACAGCUUCUCUUAUCAACUGGCCUUCCAGAGUAAAAGUUAGAGAGAAAAUGGUGAAAGAGGAAAGUGCUCGUGGAAGCCCUGAACUUCUACCAGACACUGUGUCCCAAAGAAAGAUUCGCCCAGUGCCUGUUAAUGCCAUGCCUCUUCAGUCAGAAUCAUCUGCCUUCCAUAGGGUUGCCAGUCAGCCAUUUAGUUUGGUAUCCCAACCAACACAUGGUUAUGUCCAACCUGCUGGAAUCGCUCAUACAGCUAAACUGGUGGCAUGUGAAGAACCAGAAAACAACUCUGUUAGCAGCGUCCCUGUGCCAGCAAAUGCCACAUUUAUGAUUAGGUCCCUGCCAGAUACUAUGAUGGAGGAGGAAAAAAGUGACUUGCUUGAGGAUCCUCAGUCAUUGAAGCGUGAUUACACUGGUGUGGCGGCUGAGCAGGAGAGGCAACCUGUUUUACCUUCAGAGGUCUGCAGGCAAGACAAGAGCAGAGAGAACCACUUAAGAAGAGAUGACUCCAAGAAACUUACGACCGGCAAGCCGAAGUCUUUGGAAACUCAGAGAGAGUUAGACUGUGUUAAGCAGUGGAUGCCUGAACCUCAGGUGAAGACUCAAGAGAACAUUGAAAGGAGUGAAAGAAUUGUGUAUCUUCAAAGGGCUAAAGGGAAGGUUCAAGCUCAGGAAGAGAAUCCCGCGAAGCAUAAGCUCAUUACUCGAUCACUGUCUGAUUAUUCUGGCUCGCCUAAAAUAGAACUUUUCAGAAGUAAGGAGCAUGUUGCAAAGAACACAAUGGAGUUUCAGAGUACUGAAGCAAAGGUCCCCCAAGCAAAGACCCCCAAUGGUGAGAUAACCAUGGUUGACACAAAAGUCUCUGUUGCCCAACUCCGUAAUGCCUUUUUGGAAACUGCCAAUGCCAGCAAGAAACCUGAACUGGAACCUCAUUUUGAGAUGCCAACAUCAGGUACUGAUUUGUCUGGCAGUGCUGAACGCGAAAGAGGGUCACGCAGGCCGAGACGCUAUUUUUCUCCUGGGGAAAGUAGAAAGACUUCUGAGAGAUUUAGAACACAACCUAUAACUUCAGCAGAGCGAAAAGAAACAGAUAGGUCUGCGCUCAGCCCAGAAAUGCCAGCUCCUGAUGAUGAGGAGAAGUUGGAUGAGAGAGCCAAGCUGAGUGUUGCUGCAAAAAGGAUGCUUUUCAGGGAAAUGGAAAAGUCAAUAGAUGAGAAGAGUAUUCCAAAGCCACGUUCAAGAAAUUCUGCAGUGGAGAGAAGGCUGAGGCGAAUGCAGGAUAGAUCACGCACACAACCCGUUACAACUGAGGAAGUGGUCAUCGCAGCAACUGAACCCACCCCUGCCUCACGUACUGUGAAUACCCACUCUGUAGUGACAAGAACACCCAAUCCCACUGUAGUUAAGAGCACUGUACAUCCUACCAGGUUGCAGGCAUCUGCGCACCAAAAGACUUCAGCAAAAGAAGAAAUAAAGGAAGCCAAAGAUGCUGCUGAACCAGAUUCGUCAGGGGAACCGGACUCUUCCACCCUGAGUUUGGCAGAGAAGAUGGCCUUAUUUAACAAAUUAUCCCAACCUGUUACGAAGGCUGUCUCUACAAGGAACAGAGCAGACAUUAGGCAGAGGAGAUCGAAAGCUCGCUACCAGACUCAGCCCGUGACGCUUGGAGAGGUUGAGCAAGUACAGAGCGAGAGUGAGCGGAUCGCACCUUUGUCUGCUGCUAUUGCCACAUCCGUGUCCACCAUGGUGAACGCCUUGUCACCAGUCUAUAGCAAAGAUGUGCAUGUGAAAGCAGCAGAAGAUAAGACAGGCAGCGAGGUCGGUAAAUCCGAGUCCAGAUACCACUCCUUAGUGGAAAAUGCUGAUACGCCAUUCAAACACAUCCUGAAAACAGAGUGGCGGCGACCCUCGGUGGAAAUGCGAGACAGUGACCAACAUUCGAGGGAAGCUGAAGAGGCCGAGCCCAAGGGAUUCGCACAACGUGAAGGGAAUGGCAUAAAAAAGCACAGUUCCUUUGAGGAAGAGCACCCACAUCCUGUUUUUGAUAAAACGGAGGACUACAGCAAAGAGAUAAAAUACGCAUUCCCUAGAAAAAGCAGCAUGGAAUUGUUUAGCACACAGCCUCUUUGUGACCUUGCUGAACAGAAGGAAUUUGUCACCAGCAUCCUGCAGGAUAAACGAGAAGUCAAAGGCCAGUCCUUUGAAGAUACUGUGGAGUUCGAGGGAAUAAUGACAAGACGAACCCCGCAGAGAGAGCAUGAUGAGCCAAUUUCAGAACUUGUGGGAACAGCCACAACAAAGAGUUUUUCUCAGUCUGCAGCUGUGGUAUCCUGUAGGCAGCAGGAAACCUCUGAGCUAUUCAACAGAAAACUAGACUUCAGGGAGAGCAAAGCUGAAUUAACGGAGGAUAGCCUUGAUACAACCAGCAAAACCAUGUCAAUUAAAGAAAGGCUGGCCCUCCUAAAGAAGAGUGGUGAAGAAGACUGGAAAAACAGGCUGAAUAAAAAGCAGGAAUGUGGCCGGAUGCCAGUCACUGAACGUGGCCCACAGCUGCAAGAGAUGGAGCAGCUGUUUGCAAAGAAGGAAGAAGGAGGAGUUACAGAUGAUAAUGCCAUGUCUAAGCUGCUUUGGGAACCUGUCUAUGCUUCUACUUAUUCUCCUGCUAUAGCUGCUGCCCAUACACUUCAACCCUUUGUACCUAUUAAUCAGGUCAGUAGUGCUAGUGUGAAAGAGCCAAGCCCCCUGGCCUUUGAGCGUCACCCCUGGAGAUGGAAGCAGAGGAUGUCAGAUAACCUGCCCUGGGAAAGUCAAAUGACAAUUGAGGAAAGAAAGCAAUUGAUAAGUGUUCGAGAAGAAGCUUGGAAGGCGAGGGGUAAAGGAGCAGCAAACGACUCCACCCAGUUCACUGUUGCUGGCAGAAUGGUAAAGAAAGGCUUAGCAUCACCUACAGCCAUAACCCCAGUGGCAUCCCCUUUCUGCAACAGACUGAAGUCAACAACACCUAUUUCAAAACCUCUGGAAGAGAUUGAAGCUAAGCCGGAUAUGCAAUUAGAAUCAGACAUGAAGUUAGAUAAACUGGAGUCUUUCUUGGGAAGGCUGAACAACAAAGUUGGUGGAAUGCAAGAAACGGUGCUGACGGUCACUGGAAGAUCUGUGAAAGAAGUGAUGAAACUGGAUGACGAUGAAACAUUUUCAAAAUUUUAUCGUUGCAUGAAUUACCCCACUUCUUCCUUACCUUUGGAGAUGGAUGAGGACUUUGAUGCCAUAUUUGAUCCAGAUGCACCAAAGUUAAUUUCCUCGGUAGCGGAGCACAAGCGUGCAGUGAGGCCCAUGCGCAGAGUCCAGGCAUCCAGGAACCCUUUGAAAAUGCUGGCAGCAAGAGAGGACAUUCUGCAUGAGUACACAGAGCAAAGGCUCAACGUGGCUUUCAUGGAGUCCAAGCGGAUGAAAGUUGAAAAAAUGUCUGCAAACUCAAAUUUCUCAGAAGUAGCACUUGCUGGCUUAGCAAGUAAGGAGAAUUUCAGCAAUGUUAGUCUUCGUAGUGUCAAUCUAACAGAGCAGAACUCAAACAACAGUGCUGUGCCAUACAAGAAGCUGAUGCUCUUGCAAAUUAAAGGAAGAAGACAUGUUCAAACGAGAUUAGUGGAGCCAAGAGCUUCAUCGCUUAACAGUGGUGACUGUUUCCUAUUACUUACUCCUCAUUACUGCUUUCUUUGGGCUGGGGAGUUUGCAAAUGUCAUUGAAAAAGCAAAGGCUUCAGAACUAGCAACUUUAAUCCAGACAAAGCGAGAACUUGGCUGCAGAGCUACUUAUGUGCAAACAAUAGAGGAAGGAAUCAACACGCAUACCCAUGCAGCCAAAGACUUCUGGAAGCUCCUUGGUGGCCAGACAAGCUACCAGUCUGCUGGAAGACCAGAAGAAGAUGAAAUGUAUGAAGCAGCAAUAAUAGAAACAAACUGCAUUUACCGCCUCAUUGAUGAUAAGCUUAUUCCAGAUGAUGACUACUGGGGAAAAAUGCCAAAGUGUACCCUGUUAAAUUCAAAAGAGGUGUUGGUGUUUGAUUUUGGGAGCGAGGUGUAUGUUUGGCAUGGGAAAGAGGUCACCCUUGCACAAAGAAAAGUGGCGUUCCAGUUGGCCAAACACUUGUGGAAUGGUACCUUUGACUAUGCGAACUGUGACAUCAACCCUCUGGACCCUGGUGAAUGCAACCCCCUUAUUCCAAGAAAAGGACAAGGACGACCAGACUGGGCUAUUUUUGGCAGACUCACUGAGCACAAUGAGACAAUACUAUUUAAAGAAAAGUUUCUUGAUUGGUCUGAACUAAAGAAACCUGCCGAGAAGAAUUCUGGGGAAUCUCCACAGAAGGAAGAAACCAAGGCUGAUGCGAAACCAUAUGAUGCCAUGCGAAUGGUCCCAGUGCCCGAGACAACAGUUGGCACAGUCUUGGAUGGAAUGAAUAUUGGCCGUGGCUACGGAUUCAUUGAGGGAGAUGACGGGAGACAAUUUGAGAUUAUCACUGUCUCUGUGGAUGUCUGGCAUAUCUUGGAAUUUGACUAUAGCAGGCUCCCUAAACAAAGCAUUGGACAGUUUCAUGAAGGGGACACGUAUGUUGUGAAAUGGAAGUAUCUAGUAAGCACCUCAGUUGGAAGCAGACAAAAGGGGGACUUGCAGACCAGGGUUGUUGGCAAAGAGAAGUGUGUGUACUUCUUCUGGCAAGGGAGGCAUUCCACUGUCAGUGAGAAAGGAACAUCUGCGCUUAUGACCGUGGAACUGGAUGAAGAGAGAGGUGCUCAGGUGCAAGUUCUUCAAGGAAAGGAACCACCAUGUUUCCUCCAGUGUUUUCAGGGUGGAAUGAUUGUUCACGCUGGGAGAAGAGAAGAGGAAGAAGAAAAUACGCAGAGUGACUGGCGGCUGUAUUGUGUAAGAGGAGAAGUUUCUCUUGAAGGAAACUUGCUUGAGGUGGCCUGCCAUUGCAGCAGCCUGAGGUCCAGGACUUCCACAAUCGUUCUCAACAUCAACAAAGCCCUGAUUUACUUAUGGCAUGGCUGCAAAGCCCAAGCACACACUAAGGAAGUAGGAAGAACAGCAGCCAAUAAAAUAAAAGAACAAUGUCCAUUGGAAGCAGGAUUGCACAGCAGUAGCAAAGUGACAAUACAUGAAUGUGAUGAAGGGUCAGAGCCAAUGGGAUUCUGGGACGCCUUAGGAAGGAGAGACCGGAAAGCCUACGAUUGCAUGUUGCAAGAUCCAGGGAAGUUUAAUUUCACACCCCGCUUGUUCAUCCUUGGUAGUUCAUCAGGGGAAUUCUCAGCCACUGAAUACAUAUACCCAGCAAGAGACCCCUCUGUGGUGAAUUCUAUGCCAUUCCUGCAGGAAGACCUCUACACAGCUCCCCAGCCAGCCCUCUUCCUUGUUGACAAUCACCAUGAAGUGUACCUCUGGCAAGGCUGGUGGCCCGUGGAGAACAAAGUAGCAGGAUCUGCCCGGAUCCGAUGGGCUUCAGACCGAAAAUGUGCCAUGGAGACUGUCCUCCAGUACUGCAAAGGAAAAAAUGUGAAGAAACCCCCUAAAUCUUACCUAAUUCACGCUGGUCUGGAGCCUCUGACAUUCACCAAUAUGUUUCCCAGUUGGGAACACAGGGAAGACAUUGCUGAGAUCACCGAAAUGGAUGCUGAAGCUUCUAAUCAGAUAAUCCUUGUGGAAGAUGUGCUGGCCAAACUGUGCAAAAAGCUGUACCCACUGGCUGAUCUCCUGGCGAGGCCCCUCCCUGAGGGUGUAGAUCCACUAAAUCUGGAAAUAUACCUUUCGGACGAGGACUUUGAGUCUGCAUUACAGAUGACCAGAGAAGAAUAUAAUGCACUGCCUUCCUGGAAGCAGGUGAACCUCAAAAAGGCAAAAGGGCUUUUCUAAGUAGCAUGAUGGAAGUAAUCAAGGCGAAAGCUGGAGCAGGAUCAAUCAUCAUUUUUAACACCUCUCAAACGAACAACAGCAGGAUAAACUGGUGCGCAUCCAUUUUCAAAAAGCAAAUCACCAUCUGUACUAAAGUUAUAUAAUAUUGUAAAUGUGUGAGAGAACUCUGGCAAACUCUUACUCUGUGGGACAGGGCUUGGAGGGUGGAUCAUGUUGAUGAAUUGUGUUCUUCUUUGUAUUUUUCGCAGCAGGUUCUUGUACCGCUGCUGUAACUGAUAUUUUGGCUACGUACACUAUUUGCCAUUUGGGUCUGGAAGAAGUUCCCCAUUGUAAAGUGUUAUUUUGUUAAAGCUGUGGAUUUUCAAAAAGAAUUUAUAUUUAUAUGAAACACAUAGGACAAGGAUGUAUUUAACAGUGCAAAUAUGUAUUAUUCACUUUCAAGACUCCUGUCAAGAAAGUUUCAGGAAAGUAGCUGGACAGUGUGGUUGCUUGUUCUGGACUAGUUAAACCACCAAUAUGUGCACGGUUUCUCUCUCUCUCUCUCUCUCUCAUUCUGAAUGGUUUCUUUUUUUAAUAGGCAAUGAAUUGGUCUCUUUGCUGCUUCAGGUGCUAAACUGAACAAAGCAUUAUCACAUGGGUUUCUUGGGAAACCCUCCAAAUCUAACUUUGAUAUCCCAAAAAUGUAUAGUGCCUUGGUUUUUUUUUCUUUUUUUGGGUGUACAGUUUAUAUACAAAAAAAAUGGUCUGCUUUUUGAUGAUGGCUCAGAACAGUCUCUUCUGCUCUACUUUUGUAAUAGUAGAAAUUUAAGAAAAACCAUCUCAAUUUCUAAUAACUUGUUGCAAACAUAAGUUGUCUUUUGUGACAAAGACUUAAAGCAAAGCUUUAGAAUAAACUCUUAGCAAUGCA